AUGCUCUUUACCAUAUUUCGAUCAAUCAUAUUGAUUUUAGUAAAGAAAGCCGUGAUAAGCAAGGACAAGAAACUGGCGAGCCUCAACCAAAAAGUAAGCGAUGAAGUUCAAACACGGGAGGAAAGGCUAAAAAAAAACCCGGCUAAGAAAAUUUCAAAGCUGGCGUGCACAAGGGAACUUCAAGGUGAGCUUUGGACGUCUUUGUUUCAUUCUCCAAUUUUCGGGAAGAACACCGUGAAAGACGAAGAAGGUGGAGAAAAUGCUGAUCCGAAGGGACCUCAAGACCCGAAGAAACAAGUGGCCGUGCGUAAAAGGGAAUCCUGUAUUCCGACCGUUUUUAAAGAUAUGCAAGACGCACGCCCCGCAGUGGCCAAUGAGAAGGUAGCAAAACCCAAAUGGGCAGAUCCUCCUUCUGAUGCUAAGACUCCAGCGUUGUCUCCGUCUCCGUUGAUCCGACGGGUACGACUCCGUCGGAUCAAGAUAGAAGUCAUUAGUACAUCGCUCCACCAUCAAAACGUUAAAUGGAAGACAAGCACCAGGACCAAGCAUCGCCAAUUUUCGAUGGAUUACAAAGAACAACAAGAACAGGAAAUCGAGGCAUUGGAGGCGAUUUAUCAAACCGAUGAGCUGAGCGUUCUCAACAACGAUUACCCGGAGAUUGAGCUGAGAAUCGAUUUGAAGUCUAGUCAAGAGGAAAAUCGUGGUGGAUCCGUACCGGAGUUCACAAUUUCAUUACUCGUCGAAUUGCCCGAGAAUUACCCCGAUGUGAUCCCGAAGCUUGGCCUUGAGGGUGUUGAAGAUCUGUUCUCUGAAGAAAGAAUAAAUCAGGUUUUAUCGAAAUUGAAUCAAGUCGCAGAAGAAAGUGUCGGGAUGGUUAUGGUAUUUACGAUUUUUGCAGCUUUACAGGAUGAAAUUGGUACCCUCGUGGAUGAUCUCAAGCAACGGGCCGAGACCGAGAUUGAAGAAAGGAAAAAGAAAGAGGAAGAGAAAAGUCGAAAGAAAUUUGAAGGCACUGUUGUUACGCCCGAUUCGUUUUUGACAUGGAAGAAAAAGUUUGACACAGAAAGGGCCGCGCUAAAGGAACAACAAAUAAAGGAUCGCGAAGCACAAUUGGCUGGGAAACUCACCGGGCGACAAUUGUUCUUGAGGGAUGCAACGCUCAAUUUAUCUGAUGUGGCGUUGAUAGAGGAGACGAAAGGAGUCGACAUUGAUGAGAGUCUUUUUGAUGCAGAGGAUCUCGAUGGAUUGGACGAUUUUAGUUCCGACGAAGAU